CUUAUGUUACUGCUACACCUAUGAUGAGGACCACAACACGACGCCCUUCUGCCACAAUCAGCACAAUGAGGCAGGCAUCUACGCAGGCACCUCGAGUUCUAACCAAUACUCAGAGAGUGGUCAAUAUAGGCACCCAGACCGCUGGACCUCGUUUAGCCAUUUCAGCCCCAAUGAUGCGAGGUAUGCCCCAGUAUAAAUAUUCUUCUGCAGUGCGAAAUGUGCAGCAUAUUGGAAAUGCAUCACCUCCAGUCUCUGCAAUUGAACCUGCUGUUCACAUCCAGGGCCAGGAGCCCCUAACUGCGUCCAUGCUUGCAUCAGCCCCUCCACAGGAGCAGAAACAAAUGUUAGGUGAACGUCUGUACCCCCUGAUUCAUGCAGUUCACCCAUCGCUAGCUGGUAAGAUCACGGGCAUGUUGCUGGAAAUAGACAAUUCUGAACUUCUGCACAUGCUGGAGUCUCCAGAAUCUCUGCACACCAAGGUAAAUGGCUUUUGCUGGGAAAUAUUGGUUCCAUUUUUGGAAUACUACUGA